UCCCUCCUCCGCCGUUGCCUAGCGACAGAGGAAGCUUAGUCCCAGUUUUGCUAAACAGCCUGAUAGCCGACCUUUACAGAUAUUUUUCCUUGUCAAAGUAAUGGAGGUGACGAUGGACCCAUUGUUUCUGGCGUGGAGCUAUUUUAGGAGGCGAAAACUCCAACUGUGUUCGGAUAUUUGCACAAAAAUAUUGCAAGACAACCCGUACGACCAGGCUGCUUGGAGCUUGAAAACUCGUGCUCUUACAGAGAUGGUAUACAUAGAUGAAGUUGAGGUGGACCAAGAGGGGAUUGCCGAAAUGAUGCUGGACGAGAGCUCUAUUGCUCAAGUUGCACGACCCGGAACAUCACUAAGGCUACCUGGAACAAGUCAGGGUGGAGGUCCCACACCGGCUGUCAGGCCUGUGACACAAUCAGGGCGUCCUAUAACAGGAUUUGUGAGACCCAGCACACAGUCAGGGCGUCCUGGGACAAUGGAGCAGGCCAUCAAGACCCCCCGCACUGCGAGCACUGCUCGCCCUGUCACUAGUGCUUCUGGGAGAUUCAUCCGCCUGGGAACAGCCUCAAUGUUAACCAAUCCAGAUGGACCAUUUAUUAACUUGUCCAGACUGAAUUUGACCAAGUAUUCCCAAAAGCCUCAUUUAUCCAGGACACUUUUUGAGUUCAUCUUCCAUCAUGAAAAUGAUGUGAAAAAUGCUUUAGAUUUAGCUGCUCAGGCUACGGAACAUGCUCAGUUCAAAGACUGGUGGUGGAAAGUUCAGCUGGGGAAAUGCUACUACAGACUUGGAUUAUAUCGAGAAGCAGAAAAACAGUUCAGAUCCGCCCUAAACCACCAAGAGAUGGUGGAUACUUAUCUCUACCUUGCAAAGGUGUAUCAGCGACUGGAUCAGCCAAUUACAGCACUGAACCUUUUCAAGCAAGGUUUAGACCAUUUUCCUGGUGAGGUUACUCUUCUAACGGGAAUCGCUCGCAUUCAUGAGGAGAUGAACAACAUGUCAUCAGCCACAGAGUACUACAAAGAUGUCCUGAAGCAGGACAACACUCACGUGGAGGCCAUAGCCUGCAUAGGCAGCAAUCACUUCUACACUGAUCAGCCCGAGAUCGCCCUGCGCUUCUACAGACGGCUACUCCAGAUGGGCGUGUAUAACUGCCAGCUGUACAACAACCUGGGCCUGUGUUGCUUCUACGCCCAGCAGUACGACAUGACUCUGUCUUCAUUUGAGAGGGCUCUGGCCCUGGUGGCCAAUGACGAAGAGCAGGCUGACGUGUGGUACAACAUAGGACACGUGGCUGUUGGCAUAGGGGACUUGACACUGGCCUACCAGUGUUUCAAACUGGCUUUGGCUUUAAAUAACGACCAUGCUGAGGCCUACAACAACCUGGCUGUGCUAGAGCUGCGUAAAGGUCGUGUCGAACAGUCUAAAGCCUUCCUGCAGACCGCUGAAUCGCUGGCCCCUCACAUGUAUGAGCCACACUUCAAUCUGUCCAUUCUCUCCGAAAAGAUCGGAGACCUUCAGAGCAGCUACACUGCGGCCCAAAAGUCUGAGGAUUCCUUCCCCGAGCACGUUGACACUCAGCAGCUUCUUAAGCAGCUUCGGCAGCACUUUGCUGUGCUGUGAGCAUCCAGCCAGCAUGCUUAAGAAGGAAGGUGUGGUUUAUGUGUGGUUCUGGUAAUUUAGUGUACAGAUUUGUAUAGCAGAAAUAUGUACAUUGUGACAGUAAAUAUUUUAUUUAAUGGAGUCAAAUAUUUAGCUUACAUUUUAGGGUUCAUUUCAUAAAUCAGAUGUAGUUUUUGUAUUUGAAACUUCCUUGCCGUUUUGAAGUUCCAACAAAUCCUGACGUGACAAUAAAAUAAACAAUUCAGAAGCUGUGUAAAA